AUGCGUCCCAGUCCCUUCCACCACCAUCCACAUCCACAUCGCGCAUCCUCCUCACACCAUGUUCCACAGUCGUCUCAGUCGCAUGCUGAAAUCGUAACGCUACCAGGUGGCGGAAGCACUUCAAUCGAACCCUCCGCAGUGUCCAAGAAGUCAGUGGACGUAAAUGCGCGCCACAUCACUCAUCGACAUGAUGCCUAUGCAAGCGACAUCGAAAGAGAGAGUCUACCGCAGUACACGUCUCACAAUGAUCCAUUCAACUUGGAAAGCCGGAAGGUCGGAGACUCGGAGCUUGCGGCUAUCAGAGCGAACACAUCCAAAAAGCGUGAUGGCAUCAGUAUCGGACCCCUAGCGCUAAGCAAAGGAGGCCGCAAGGCGCAAAAGAUCCAUGACUUCUAUGAGACACAGAAUGAGAAUAUCGACAGGCUGCUUAAGCCUGUUGAGGACCAUACUGAAGAUGCCAGGAAGAGUGACGAGGAGAAUCACUUGCAAUACAAGAUCGCAGUCACCGGGUCUUUCGUCGCGAACGUUGUCCUAGCUGGUCUACAGCUUUACGGAGCUGCCUCUUCAGGUUCGCUUUCGCUCUUUACAACCAUGGCCGACUCCUUGUUUGAUCCGUUAUCGAAUGUUACUCUGAUUCUCUGCAAUCGCGCAGUCAAACGCGUCGACCCUCGCAAAUUCCCAUCUGGCAAGGCUCGUAUUGAGACCGCCGGAAACAUCUUCUUCUGCUUUCUAAUGGUAUCAGUCUCUCUUAUAAUUAUCGUCAUGUCCAUACGAGAGCUAGUGGAGGGCUCCAAAACAGCAACCAACGGCUUCCAUCUUCCGUCCGUGAUUGCUGUCGCGGUUGCCUUCUGCACCAAACUUGGUCUCUUCUUCUACUGCUGGGCGCUCCGGAACACAUACUCCCAGAUCAGAAUUCUCUGGGAGGACCAUCGCAAUGACUUGUUCAUUAAUGGCUUUGGUAUCUUGACUUCCGUCGGUGGAUCCAAGCUUCGAUGGUGGAUUGAUCCAAUGGGUGCCAUCAUUCUCUCGCUCCUAAUCAUCUGCCUCUGGCUGCGGACCGCUUGGAGUGAAUUUCAAUUACUCAUUGGGGUUUCUGCAGAUACGUCAAUGUUGCAGCACAUUACGUAUAUUUCCAUGACCCAUUCUCCUGAAAUCAGAGCCAUCGAUACUGUGCGUGCAUACCACAGUGGACCACGCCUGAUUGUUGAGGUAGACAUUGUCAUGGAACCCGAAGAAACCCUGAAGAGGACUCAUGAUGUUGCUGAAGAUCUGCAAAAGAAGCUUGAGAGUCUACCUGAUGUUGAACGUGCGUAUGUCCAUGUCGACUAUGACACGGACCAUCCUCCUGAGCAUUUCGUCGUAAAGAAGGAUGUUUGA